AUGCAACAUCCUCAAUAUAAAAAGCACUAAGGUUUUGUUACCGAAAGUAAAAGGUUUAAGCGAGGGAUAUUGAAUACAAUAAACAGACGACAUACAAUAUGCUGCCUCUAAAGUGAUUUAUAUCAAUUUGAACUUUGAAUAAUUUCAUAAAAGAAGUUAUUCAAGUUCUCAUUCAACAUACGAUCAAGAUUCCAAUUUGAAGGAGGAUGUCUCUAAAACUUCAAAAGAUGACUAAAAUAACUAACCUUAAAAAAAUUAAUUGAAUUGUUCUCAAAGUGAGAGCAAAUCAAUCCAUUCAUCCAAACAAUCUAACCAAAAAAAAAAUGAUGAUGACAUAAACAAUAUUUACUAAAUCCGAAAAAAUGAAGUGGAUUUUUAAUAAUUUAAAUAAGAUUUUUAGUUGGAUGUCUUUUAAUUGGAAGCCUUGUACUAUUACCUUUUAAGAGCUGGCUUCCAACGCUCUGCACCUUUGUAGAUUCCCCCGUACCUUUGCUACUAUUUUUAUUCUAUAAUUUUAUAUAGAAGUGAUAUAUUUAAGAUUUUAGCUCAAUAUAUCGAUAUGAAAAGUCGAGAUCAAUAAAGAUAGUAAUUAAUGGAAUUGUAGGGGAAGUAUUUCUAAGAAAAACUCAAUAAUUAAUGCUUGUCAUAAAUUGAGUUUUAUAAUUACUUAAUUAAAGAUUAUCUUAAUGAAACCAUGUUUUUUGAUCUUCUAGAUCAAAAAUUGAUAAAUUAAAAUUUGAUUAUAAUUUGCUUCUUGAUGAUUUUUUGAAAUACUUUUUAUUAUCAACUCGAUAAGUUUAGAAAAUAAAAGAAUCUUUAGGAGAUGCCAAUAUUUAUAUGAAAAACAACAUAGCUUUAGGAAAUAUUAGAUUUGUCUUUAAAAAAAAGGAUGGGGAAUUAAUUAAUUAUAAAUUCCCUUUAGGAAAUUUUUCAAAUAUGCAGUUUUAUGAUUAUGUCUAGUUUUUGAAAGAUUUUGCCAAAUAAUUACCUGUAACUAAAUCAAUUCAGUCUUUUAAUGAAUAUACUACCGAACCCCAUAGCGAAAGGACAAUGAUAUUAUAUCUUUUGGUAGACUUUGAAUUAUAGAAAACAAUAUUGAGAGAAUUGAAUGAAAGUUUAAACGAUUUAAAAAAUACGAGUUAAAUUCAAAAUCUAAUCCGAAUUUACUUGGAAAUAACUACUGAGAACAGAAUUUGCAGUUAAUGUGUAAGUAUGUUCUAGCAUAUUCCAGUGGAGUUUAUAUGCUAGACAUUUCAAGAAUGUUGUGGUUUAGGAGUGGAUGAAAAAUUUUAAUUUAUUAUUAUUUCAUAAUAUUUAUUAGAUCCUUAAAAAUAAAAAAAAUAAAAAAUCAUUCAAAGAAUUUGGAGGAGAGAAGACAAAAUGA